AUGGCUUCGAGUGCAAGCUCAAGCGCGCAGCCUGCGACAUUUCAGGUCAACGAACGCGUGCUGUGUUACCACGGUCCGCUCAUCUACGAGGCCAAGAUCCUCAAGUCCGAACACUGGGACGAGCAGAACACGAAGAAUGGCGAAGUCGGUCCGCAUUAUUUUGUGCAUUACAAGGGAUGGAAGCAGACAUGGGAUGAAUGGGUGGACCGCACUCGCCUCCUCAAGCACACCGAAGCGAACCUGAAUUUGCAGAAGACCCUUUCGCAGGCAAAUGCUGCCGCGAAUCAGGCCCAGAUGGGAAAUACCUCUGGCUCAGGAUCCCACUCGAAAGGAGCAGGGUGCAAGGAUCUGGGUCGGACGCUGACCGGCAGGAAGGAUGGCAGGGGGGUCAAGCGGGGGCGGGAUGACGAUGAUAACUCGAAGCGUCCAGAAAUGAAGCUGAACGUUCCAGAGUCGCUAAAGGUGCUACUCGUGGACGACUGGGAGGCCGUCACAAAGAACAACCAGCUGGUACCAUUACCUCGCUCGCCAAACGUCGUCGAGAUACUCAAAGAGUUCGAGGAAUACGUGCUUUCAAGUCCGAAGAACAUCCUACGCGACCCGAAAAUUCUGCUACCAACGAUCAUUGCUGGUCUACAGACAUACUUUGACCGCGCUCUUGGAGCAAAUCUGCUUUACAGAUUUGAACGACCGCAGUAUGCAGACAUCCGGAGACAGUACGUGACCGGGCAGAACGUUGUUGUUGGCCAAGAGAAGGAGAUGAGUACGGUGUACGGUGCAGAGCAUUUCCUGCGAAUGCUCGUGAGCAUGCCCCAGAUGGUCGCCACCUCGACGAUGGACUCAGAGAGCGUGGUGCUUGUCCGUGACUACGUGAACGAGCUCAUGGCGUGGAUGCUGGAAGAGCGCGACCGCAUAUUCGUCACGGAGUAUGAAUCAGCGUCUGUGCAGUACCAGAGCAUAUCCCGCUCAUGA